UUUGCGAAGUUACCAUCCCUUUGCUUUAUCAUCUCAUGCUUUUCCUUUUCCUAUUCUCAAACCACCACUUUAUUCUCCCCCCUAGAACUCAACCAAAAAAGCAAGAAGGUGAUCCCCCAUUGAUCCUCCUUGUAUUCUCUCUUCUUUAAUUCUCUCAUCUCAUAAAGACCCCUUAUACCCCCUCCAUUCUUUGUUCUUCAAUUCAUCUUAAUUAAUUUCAUUUCAUCAUCUUCAUGGCUUCACCUCAAUCAGAGCUUACUCUUGACUUCAAGCCCACCGAUAAAACUCUCCGUCUCGAAGAAUUCCUCGCCCGUCUCGAAGAAGAAAGGUUGAAGAUAGAAGCCUUCAAACGUGAGCUUCCUCUUUGCAUGAAGCUCCUCACUAAUGCAAUGGAGACAUACAAGCAACAACUAGAAACAUACCAAACAAUCAAUAUUAAUGGUGCAAAGCCAGUACUCGAAGAAUACAUUCCUCUGAAAAGCAUACCAAUCCAUGAAGAUCAAGAAAAGCCUAUAUCCACCAUAUCAUCAGAGAAAGCAACUUGGAUGGUUUCCGCCCAACUUUGGAGCCCUGCCGGCGAUGAAACAAAGAAACAAGAAGCACCCGAGACACCGAAAAACUCCAUCAACCCAAUCACUGAAGUAGUCAGUACUAACCUUGCAUUGGAUAAUACAAAACAAAGGCAUGGUGUAGCUGGUGCAUUCAUUCCUUUCACCAAAGAUAAUAACCUCAAAGUCUCUAGUAGUUGUAUAAGUACUACUAGUGCUACUACUGUUACUACUUGUAGUAGUUCACCAUCAUAUGUUCUUCCAGACCUUGCUCUUGCUUCUCAUAAUAAAGAGAUUGAAAACAAGAACUUAUCUGAUCAAGUUGAGUGUAGUGGAUCAAAGAGUAGUAGUACUCCACCCACAAAUGGUCAAAACUCAGCAGCAACAGCUGGUUCACAAACUCAUAGAAAAGCAAGGAGAUGUUGGUCACCUGAUUUACAUCGUCGCUUUGUUAAUGCUCUUCAAAUUCUUGGUGGUUCUCAAGUCGCAACUCCGAAGCAAAUCAGGGAGCUCAUGAAGGUUGAUGGGCUGACCAAUGAUGAGGUCAAAAGUCAUCUUCAGAAAUAUAGGUUGCAUACGAGAAGGCCGAUGGUGGCGGCUCAGCCGGCGGCGGCUGCACCGCCGCAGCUCGUGGUUCUAGGUGGUAUAUGGGUCCCACCAGAGUAUGCCACGUCAGCUGCUGCUGGUCCAGCUGGCAUUUAUGGAGCCCACCCUGUUCCAACCCACUACUGUGCUCAGCCAGUUGCCCAGGAGUUCUACUCGCCGGCGACUGCGGCUGCUGUGGCGGCGGCGCAGCACCACCACCACCACCACCACCAACACCAUCAUGUAAAACCAUUUCCACUGAGGAAUAACGUUGGCUCUUCAUAUAAAGGAAGGGUGGUUGAGUCGCCGGAGUCUGACAUGAGAAGCGCCGGAGAGAGGUCGGAGAGCACUGGGGAAGGGGAGGAGGAGGAGGUAGAGAGGCAGGAGAGAGAGGAUGAAGAUGAAGAAGGAGAUGCUGACGUGGAAGUCCAUGAAAAGUCAGUAGCUGAGAAUGCAUUGGUUCUAGUGAACCGUGGAUUGCAGGAAACUAGUGGGCUCAAGCUCUAGGGUUUAGGGUUUUUCUUUUUUUUCUUUUGAGGUUUUAGGGUUUUUAGCUGUGCAUGCAUGGUACUAUGUUUGUGGGAGAGAGAA